UUGUACCUAGGACGAACGUUACCAAUUCCGGUGUACUGCCGGGUGUGCGGCGAUAAGUCGUUAGGAAAACACUACGGCGUUUACUGCUGCGAUGGUUGUUCCUGUUUCUUCAAGCGCAGUGUCAGGCGGAGGAUCGUAUACACAUGUAUCGCUGGCACGGGUCAGUGUAUUGUGGACAAGGCGAGAAGAAAUUGGUGUCCGUUUUGUAGACUUCAAAAGUGUAUGAGAGUCAACAUGAACGUUUCCGCCGUUCAAGACGAACGAGGUCCAAGAAAGUCUAAAAUACCUAAAAUACCUGAAAUCAACACCGUCGUGGCAAAAAACUGGAAGACCAAAUAUGAAUACAUAUACGAAAUUGGUGCUCAAAUAUUUUUGACGAGUCUCAGACAAUGCAGACUUAACAAAUCGAUAGCUAUAUUACCAAAAGCUGAUCAAAAUGAAAUACUCAAUAAAACGUGGUAUCAAUCGUUUAUGUUGAUGGCGGCGUUUUGGCCGACAAACCUCAUAACACUUUUAUCCGGAUCAAACUCAAGCGUUGAACAUAUAGUCGCUACAUUAAUAGCCAGUCACCAAGCUAUGAGACUCGAUUCAGUCGAAUACAAUUUAGUGCUUACCCUCAUCCUGUGCCGACCCGAUCUAUGCGGUUCAGCUGAGUUCAGAAACGACUUGACUGCCAUUGGAACAAAUGCCAAGGAAGCUCUGAUGAAACACGCUGCGUUUAAGUCACCGACCAGAUACUACGGAAUAUUGGCCUGUAUACUUUCUGUCACCGAAGACUUGGCGGGGUAUAUAAAAAUAAUUUUUUUCGAACCAUCCGUCAGAAAUGUACCGAUGAAUCACCUAGUGUCGGUCAUUACUUAG